UUAGAUAUACAUUGAGCAGGGCAGCCGCUCCGUCGCGCACGAAGGGUUGUACGGUACAACCUGGAAAGUUUCGAAGUUCUACCGUUUGAGAACUGGGACCGAUUCAGAUGCUUUCUAUACGUGGACUCUUGUUCAGCGCGCGCGGUCAAGCGCGAGCUUUGAGCGGACAAUGGAAGGUGAUCGGUUCCGAGCCCGACCGUGGCAAUCCAGGUUUUCAGGAGAAUGAAACCGCAAUGAAAGGUUUGGUCGACGAGCUCCGACGCAAUGUCGCCCAAGUCUCUCUCGGAGGUGGAGAGAAGGCGCGACUCCGGCACACAUCCAGGGGGAAGCUGUUCGUUCGGGAUCGGAUAAACACUCUCCUCGACCCAGGGUCGCCUUUCCUUGAGCUUUCCCAGUUGGCUGCAUGGGACAUGUAUGGACAGGACCAGAUAGCCGGGGCAGGACUGGUUGCGGGGAUCGGCCGUGUAUCUGGCAGACAAUGCAUGGUGAUCGCUAAUGACGCAACAGUCAAAGGUGGUACAUACUACCCAGAAACCGUGAAGAAACAUCUCAGGGCCCAGCACAUCGCAAGAGAAUCGCGUCUCCCGUGCAUUUAUCUUGUGGAUUCUGGGGGGGCCUUCCUGCCUAAACAAGCGGAGGUGUUCCCAGACGAGAAUCAUUUCGGGAGAAUCUUCUUCAACCAAGCAACUCUUUCUGCUGAAGGAAUCCCCCAGAUAGCGGUCGUGCUCGGCUCGUGUACAGCCGGUGGAGCCUAUGUCCCUGCCAUGAGUGAUGAAUCGGUCAUCGUACAGAAGCAGGGCACUAUUUUUUUGGGAGGUCCUCCGCUGGUCAGAGCUGCCACGGGCGAAGAAAUUUCGGCGGAAGACCUCGGAGGCGCCGAUCUCCAUUGCAGGAAGAGCGGGGUUACAGAUCACUAUGCCAUCGACGAUACGCAUGCGCUCCAUUUGGCGAGGAACAUCGUCUCCAGUCUGAAUAAUUCGCCGAGCGAUUCCUUGGACUUCUCGGCGCCCGAACCCGUGCUCGAUGCGAGCGAUAUCUACGGAAUUAUCGGUGCAAAUCUAAAGAAAACCUGUGAUGUCAGAGAAGUCAUAUCUCGUAUUGUCGACGCUUCGAAAUUCUCGGAGUUUAAAGAACUAUACGGGGAAACCCUCGUCACUGGCUUCGGCAAACUCUACGGUCAAACCGUUGGGAUUCUCGCUAAUAACGGAGUCCUGUUCUCCGAGAGUGCGGUGAAGGGAGCUCACUUUAUCGAGCUGUGCUGCCAACGGAAUAUUCCACUCCUAUUUUUGCAAAACAUCACCGGAUUCAUGGUUGGCCGCGAUGCCGAAGCCGGUGGUAUCGCCAAGCACGGAGCCAAACUCGUGACUGCGGUCUCGUGCGCCCGUGUACCGAAGUUGACCGUGCUCAUCGGAGGAUCGUACGGGGCUGGGAACUACGGAAUGUGUGGUCGCGCGUAUGGCCCGCGGUUCUUGUACAUGUGGCCCAACGCCCGAAUUUCCGUCAUGGGAGGGGAACAGGCUGCGGAGGUUCUGACCCAAGUUCAGAGAGACAUAAGAAUCCGCGAAGGAAAAGCCGCGAUGGGGCGUGAGGAGGAAGCCACACUAAAGGAUCCAAUCAUCGAGAAAUAUGAGCGCGAAGGGAGUCCUUAUUUCUCCAGUGCCCGGAUAUGGGACGAUGGGGUCAUCGAUCCGAAACACACCCGAAAGAUCCUCGGUUUGUCUCUGAAUGCAGCCCUGAAUGCUGAAAGGAGUCGCGAAAGGGAGCUUGUCGCUGAGAGGACUCGCUUCGGAGUUUUCCGGAUGUGAGGCUUUCCGGACGGAGAAAAGCUAUCCUCCCGACCUUUUCCAACCUUGAAUUCUUGGGCUAUUCGAGCAGACGAAGUGAGCUCUGAUGCUCGAAUGCCUCCCAACGAAAUACUCAUAGAGCUCGCCCCGCAACGACAGCGCCGGCUCCUU